GCCACAGCGUUGAUCGGUGUUCGUCAGCGUCGUGCACUCCGCGGUCUCCGAGCCAUUGCGCUGCGAGUGUUGAAAUCGUUCGAGUGCCAGUGAUAACUGCGAUACCGUUUUGCCAAUCGUGACGUUACGUGCGAGUUGCUAUCGAACCGACAUUUUUCGUGCUAUUUUAUAGAUAUUCAUUCGAAACGUUUUUUGUCGAUUGUUAUUGAUCAGUCUUUGUGUUAGUUGAGUGUGAGGCCGAGUUGAAGAGGAUGCGGCCAAAGGAGGAAGCCGAUGCAAAGCUCCAAAAAGGGGCUUUCAUUUUGUCGGAGAAGAUCGACGACACCAAGUCGAAGAAAAACGAAAAGGAUAUGAAGAAGGAAAUGAAGCGACUCGAAAAGGAGAAACUCGAAAAGGAGAGGCGCGAAAGGAAGGCACGAGAGAAGGAGAAGGAGCGGGAGAAGCAGGCUAAGAAAGGCAAGGUGAUGUGUGCGGGGUGCGGCGGCAAGUGCAGCGGGGAGGUGUUGCGUGUAUCCGAGAAGUAUUUCCACACGGCUUGUUUCACGUGCCGCACCUGCGCCGCCUCUCUCGCUAAGGGCGGCUUCUUCGCCAAGGACAAUCACUACUAUUGCCCACAGGACUACCAGCGCGCGUUCGGCACGCGCUGCGCGGCGUGCGGGCAGUACGUGGAGGGCGAAGUCGUAGCGGCACUAGGCAACACCUAUCACCAGAAGUGCUUCACCUGCGCGAGAUGCAAACGCGCGUUUCCGUCGGGCGAGAAGGUAACGUACACGGGCGCGGAGGUGGUGUGCUCGAACUGCAUCGCGGCCGGGCCGCAGCGGCAGACGGCGCGCGCGGCGACCUCGCCCCCCGCCGUUAGAACGCCCGCCCCCGCCCCCAGGCCCGCCCACAACGCCCGGACCGACAACCACGUGCAGAACAAUCAUAACGACACGCAGCACGACGGACGGCCCGUCGACCAAAACGAAUGCGCGGGCUGCGGACAAGAGCUGUCGGAGGGACAGGCGCUGGUCGCCCUGGACAGGCAGUGGCACACGUGGUGCUUCGCGUGCGGCGAGUGCGGGCAGGUGCUGCAGGGCGAGUACAUGGGCCGCGGCGGCACGCCGUACUGCGAGCGCGACUACCAGCGGCUGUUCGGCGUGCGCUGCGCCUACUGCCAGCGCUACAUCGCCGGCAAGGUGCUGCAGGCCGGCGACCACCACCACUUCCACCCCACGUGCGCGCGCUGCUCCAAGUGCGGCGACCCGUUCGGCGACGGCGAGGAGAUGUUCCUGCAGGGCGCGGCCAUCUGGCACCCGCGCUGCGGGCCGGCGCCGCACUCGCCGCACGAGCCGCUGUCGCCGCACGACGCCGCCGACCGCGCCUCGUCCGAGCUGCAGUUCUCGCUGCGGUCGCGCACGCCCAGCGCCAACGGCUCCUACUGCAGCCCCUACAGUAGCCUCACCAGGAAGUACGGCUACCGCUGCGUGUCGCCGGGGCUGACGCUGCGCGAGUACCGCGACCUGGGCGCGUGCUCGCCCAACCGCAUCACCACGUACUCGUACCUGACGUCGGAGCCGUCGUACCUGCGCCGCCCGCUGCAGCCCUACGACAAGGCGCCGCCCAGCCCGCACUUCCACCGCCCGCCCUCGGCGGCGUCGUCCACGCGCGCGUCGUCGCGCGCCGGCAGCAAGGCGUCGUCGCGGCCGGGCAUGCGCGCGCUGGUGGACUCCAUGCGCGCCGAGACGCCGCGGCCCAAGUCGCCCGGCAUGAACAACGAGGAGCCGAUCGAGCUGUCGCACUACCCCGCGGCCUACAAGCCGCCGCCCGGGACGCAGCCCAAGAUCGAGCGCGACGACUUCCCCGCGCCGCCGUACCCCUACAGCGACCCCGAGCGGCGCCGGCGCUGGUCGGACUCGUACGCGGGCGUGGACAGCGACGACGACGAGGCCGCGCGCGUCAACGGCGCCGACGCGCGCCUGCAGCGCGAGGAGCGCGAGCUGGCCAAGAUGGGCGCGGGCAUGGCGCGCGUGUUCCUCAAGGAGGUGCAGGAGCGCGAGAAGCUGCAGCAGUGGCGGCGCCAGCACCUGGACCCGCGCAGCGCCAGCCGCACGCCGUCGGCGGCCCGCGAGCUGCCGCACCGCCUGCGCUACCCCUCGCCGCUGGGCGCGUCGCCGUCGCGCAGCCUGGACCGCGCGCGCGACGCGCCCGCCGACGCCGCGCCCGCGCCCGUGCCCAGCUACCACGUGAUGCACGCGGCGCCGCGGCCCGGCUACGGCCUGCGCUCGUCCACGCUGCCGGCUUCGCUGCCGCACCACUACAACGGCGACUUCACAUUCAGCGCGCUGGGUGACAAGACGCACAGUACCGACUUCAGCAGCGGCAAAUCGGACAUCUCGGCCGGGUCCAUGGCCGACGCGGGCGCGGGGCCGGCGCCGGGGCGCGGGGGGCUGCGCGCCUGCAGCGGGCUGUGGAGCGCGCAGGCGGACGGCGCGCGCGCGGCGCCCGGCGUGCGGCGCUCGCUGCCCAACAUGGCCACGUCGCUGCUGCUGCACGAGCCCGCCAAGCUGUACCCCUACCACCUGCUGCUCAUCUCCAACUACCGCCUGCCGCCCGACGUGGACCGGCUCAACCUGGAGCGCCACCUGUCGGACGCGGAGUUCGAGGCCAUCCUGCAGGUGGGCCGCCAGGACUUCUACCGCCUGCCGCAGUGGCGGCGCAACGAGCUCAAGCGGCGCGCCAGGCUCUUCUAGGCCGCGCCGCCGGCCUCGGGACGUGCCAGCUUCCCACGACGCGUCGUCCACCCGUAGUAGCGCGGCGCGAUCGUUCGGCGCUUCGUCGCAGCGUCGGAGGUCGCGCAACUGUUUUUAAUUUUAUUGUGGCGGGCACUGCGGGUCGCGUCGCGUUAUAUUUAGCGGGCGCCUUCGCCGCGUAUCGCGCAUGUGUCGUAGUCGUAAGUGAUACGAAGUGUAAAGUAUCGCGAUCGCGUCCUUUGGAAUUGCAAAUGUGCAUCGAGUCGAUUGCGACCGCGCACUGCGUGCCUUGUUGAAGCCUCGCCGUACUCGGAUUUUUAAAGUUGGACCGGUCGACCGGCAGUAGGGGGAGGUGGUGAUGCAGAUAUAUUUUGCCGGUCCGCAGUUUUGAAACCGUUAUUUUGUUACAAAUUUAUUCCAGCGGCUCCGUUUUUCGAUCUCGUGGAGCGCAGCGUCUAACUCAUAUUCGAUACUAGAUGUACUAAUUCUAUGUUUUCCUCCUGUAACCGACUCAGUCGACUUUUUUUUUGCCGCUAUUAGGAUAACAUUAGGCGCUGUGGUUCUCGAAAUGGAAGUAUAACGCCGUUGGAAUAAGUUUAUGCCAGGGUGGACAUAAAAUGACCAUUGCACCGGCUAGAUCUAUUAUUCCUUGCAACUAAGACUGUCUAAAUCACGUUUAAAUGGUCUGUCCUCACAUAUCAGGGCCGCGCCGGGACGUGGACGGACCACUCCGUCAGGGGCUCAAAAGAAUAACGGUGCAUAUAUUUCGAUGAACUCUUCCACACAUGUCGGUGCAGGCAGGUGCGCUGAUGUUUUCAUUGCACGUUGUUAUUUGUUGUUUGUAUUUUUA